AACUUGUCAGUUGUCACUGUUUUUUUCUGACAUAAAAAAUGGCCACUGGUUUUGAAAGACACUCUUUUCCUAGUAAACACAAAUAUUUCAAAAAUCGAUUGGAAGAAAAACCAAAACCACAGUUAAAUUUCAAAGAAAAGAUUACAAACGAUUCGAAACCAUUUCGUCACAAACUCAAAGAGAAGCCUCAUUGUUUAAAUCCGCUGUCAAUGGAACAGCGAGACAGACAUCCCUACGAGUUUGAAUUGAAGAAAUUUUCUCCAGAUUCAAAAUUUUUGAAAAUCAAACAUCAAGUGCCACAUUUCCAACCUGUUGCUUCAACGCCACUGAUUAUGGUUGAUAUAACAGAAGCUUUCGAACACCUCUUACGAGAUUUAUUAUCACAGACAGUGAUAGGUGUUGAUCUUGAGCAUCAUAGUGACAGAUCAUAUCGAGGUAUUACUUGCUUGAUGCAAAUUUCAACCGACAAGACUGACUACAUUAUUGACACACUUAAAUUGUGGGACCACUUACAGCCACUGAAUAAAGUCUUCUGUGAUCCAAACAUUGUUAAGAUAUUCCAAGGAGCUGACAGUGAUGUUAUCUGGCUUCAGCGGGAUUUUGGGAUUUAUGUUGUCAAUCUUUUUGACACGUUGCAAGCUGCAUCCCUCCUUGGAUUUGAAAAGAAGGGCUUGUCUUUUCUUCUUCAGCACUACUGCCAAGUCCAUGUCAACAAAAAAUACCAACUUGCAGACUGGCGAAUUCGUCCCUUGCCUCAGGAAAUGGUGAAGUACGCCCGAGAAGACACGCACUACCUGAUCUAUAUCUACGAAAGGAUGAAACAAGAUCUCUAUUCACGUCAUUGUCUUGGGGAUGUGAAAAUAACACCCGAAAUGAAGAAAGGAGCGCCCGAAGAGUCAAAAGACAGGAAGCCUAAGAGCAAAUCGAGUCAAAUCACACCGGUAAACGAAAAGGGCGUCAACCAGGUCUUACAAGUGUGGAACAAUAGCCGUUCUGUCUGCCUGAAACAAUACAGGAUUCAAACAUUGGAGGAAAUGUACUCGAAAUUUUACGGCAGCUUGAAUAAAGAAGGAAAAAAGUUCAACAAUCAGCAAUCGUACGCCCUUCAAGAAAUCUUUUCCUGGAGAGAUCGAGUGGCCCGCGAACUGGAUGAGAGCCCUCAUUAUGUAAUGACGAAGUUUAAUAUGCUGAAUAUUAUCAAUCAGCUUCACAACCAGCCGGAAAACAUCCUGCAACCCAUUUCUCGUCACCGUUUCGUCCAUCAUCAUUUACCGGAAUUGCACGAGGUUAUCGUGAAAGCAAAAGCCAUUGCUAUUCAAUCCAGUCCAAUAUCUAAGAAGCAAACGAAGAAAAGAGGUGCAGCUUCCUCAUCUGUCACUGCCGUCCCUCCUGUUUCCCUACCUCCGAUGAAGAAGCGCAAAAUUGACAAUGUUGCAUCAUCAACAAUAACAAAAGCACGUCUAGUCCAACAAAAGAUUUCCAAAGUAGAAAUGAUUGAUUUGAGUUGUGAGCCCAAUCAGAGGAAAGAGCUGCGCUCAGCCAAGAAGAUAAAUACGUGCAAGAUAGUUUUAACCGAUCUGGUCCAAAAGAUUGACGCUGUUGUGGUGAAAUCAUCAUCAGGGAAUGAAACGAGGCCAACCAGGAAGUCACGCAAGGUAGAACUGAUUGAUUUGACAUAAUCUUGCUCAAGGUGAUACGUUCCCCGUUUUUGUUUUAGUUAAUGUACUAUCAAUUGCUACAGAUUGGGAGGAAACCGUUGUGUUGGGUUUUUUGAAAUAUAAAUCGACUAAUUUAAUGUACAUGACUGAAACAAUUCGGUUGCAAACUGCCUCAUGUAAAAGCAUUUCAGUUUGCAAUACACAGAAUGCUCAAGUGA